CUCGGUUUGAACACAGGUUUGAUCCCAUUGCAGUCUCUCAAAAGGUCUUCUUAAUACAAGAUGGCAUCAGAAAAUAGAACCACACGGCGCAUCAUUCUGGGGUUGAUGACCCUAGGCCCAGACACCACCCACGGUGCUCGCAUCACGAGUCUGGAGGAAUUCAACCGGUGCCUGGACCAUUUUCAAAAGAAAGGCUACGAUGAGGUGGACACUGCUCGACUUUAUGAUGGUGGUCGGCAGGAAGCAUUCACCCGCCAGGCAGGUUGGAAGGAGCGAGGCGCCCACCGCGCAGAGGUUCUGGAGGAGAAGCUGAACGAGUCCCUACGCGAGCUGGGGACGGACCAGGUGGACAUCUUCUAUCUUCAUGCGGCGGAUCGCACCAACCCUUUUGCCGAGACAUUCGAAACACUCGCCAGACUCUACCGACAGGGCAAGUUCAAGCAGCUGGGACUAAGCAACUUCUCCGCUUUUGAGGUUGCCGAAGUCGUAACUCUGUGCAAUGAACGCGGCUGGGUGCGACCCACGAUCUACCAGGCAAUCUACAAUGCGCUAACGCGUGGAAUUGAGGAUGAGCUCAUUCCCUGCUGCCGCCGCUGGGGCAUCGACGUGGUCGUGUUCAAACCCCUGGCAGGCAAGAUGUAUCGGGAUCGGUAUUUCAAAUCCAGCAUCUUCCGUUCUUUGGAGACACUGGAGCCGGUAGUUCAGAAGCACGGACUGUCAAUGGUGGAGGUGGCCCUUCGCUGGUGUGUUCAUCACUCGGCCUUGAGCAUAACUAAUGGUCGUGAUGGCAUCAUCACGGGAUUUAGUAGCUUUGAGCAGCUCGAGAGCAACCUGAAUGAUUUGGCCAAGGGCCCUCUGCCGACCGAGGUGGUUGAUGCUUUGGACCAAGCUUGGUCUAUUGCCAAGGUUGAUGCAAGCAAGUUCUGGCAUGGGGAGCCGGUGUACGGCUAUGAGACUCCGCGCGCGCUGUUGAAGGAGCGUAGCUGA